CGGCGCUGAGGGCCCGCCCGCCAUGGAGGCCCCGCGGGCGCUGCCGCUGCUCCCGCUGCUGCUGCUCCUCCUCCAGGGGCUCUGCGCCGCCGGUACGCCGGGCCGGGCGCUGCGAUGGGGGCGGGAGAGGGCAGCGAAGCCCUUGGGGCGGGGGUGGGUCAGGCACCGCGCUCGGUUUGGGGGCGUCCUCUGCCCUUGGGGCUCCGCCGCGUUCGGUUCCCUCUCCGGCCUCGGCAGCCCCGCUCCCCCGAGCUUCCCGUUCCCCUCGGCUCCCCCGCUCCUGUGGCGUGUCCCCUCGUGCCGCGCCCCUCGGGGGUCUCCCCUCGGCCCCCGCUGACCGGGCUCCCCGUGUUUGCCGCUGCAGAAACCUCGCAAGCGGAGAGCGGCGGAUCUUCCGCGCUGUCUGGGGCAGCCGGAGCGGCUGGCAGCCACGAGCACACGAGCACACCCACAGCGAGCGGGAACGAGCAGAAGAAUGACGAGAAGUCCAGCAGUGGUGACCCCCAAACAGGCACGAGCGGCACAGACAAACAGCAGGACAACAAUCCCACUGGAAAGGGCACCGACGACGAGGAGAAGAAGAAAAAACAGUCCCAGAAAGGCACAGAGGCUGCUCAGGGUGACCAAGGUGCACACGGCAAUGGUGCAAGCAGCAGUGCAGCAGGGCAGCAAGGAGCUGUGAGCCAGAACAGCAACAGUGGUGACACAGGGAAAACAGGCAGCAGUGGGCAGGGGAGCACAGCGGGCAGCUCUGCUGGCCAGGGCAGCACCAACAGUGCCACUGAUGGCCAGGGCAAUGCCAACAGUGCCACUGAUGGCCAGGGCAAUGCCAACAGUGCCACUGAUGGCCAGGGCAAUGCCAACAGUGCCACUGGCGGCCAGGGCAAUGCCAACAGUGCCACUGAUGGCCAGGGCAAUGCCAACAGUGCCACUGAUGGCCAGAGCAACACGGGGAGCAGCACUGGAGGCACGAGCAGCACAGGCAGUGGCACUGGUGUCCAGAGCAGCACAGGCAGUGGCACUGAUAGCCAGGGCAAUACAGGGAGCAGCAUCAAUGGCCAAAGUGGCAGCCAGAACAACAUCAACAGUGGGCAGAAGAGUGUCAGCCAGGCAGGGGGCACCGAGAACGGGGGCAGCAAAGAGGACAAGAGCAACAAUGACAAGGAUAGCAAUGGCAAAGAUGACAAUAAGAACACAAAUGGCAGCACCAAAAAGGACAACACCAACCAGAACAUCAACAAGCAGAACAGCAACACCCAGGGCAGCAACACCCAGGACGACAGCAAGAAGGAGCAGGGCAGCACUCAGGGCAGUGAUGGCAAGGACAAGAACACAAGUGGCAGCACCAAGCAGAACAUCAACACCCAGGACAGCACCAACCAGGACCAGAGCAACACCCAGGGUGGCACCAGCCAGGGCAGCAGUGACAGGAACCAAGCUGGCCAAGGAGGGCAGCAGGCCCAGGCUGAGAGCCAGGGCAGCGCUGCUGAUGAGCAGCCUCACGGCCAGGAGGGCGCACAGAAGUCCCAGGAGGAGCAGAGCCCUGUGUCACAGCCAGCUCCCUCCCCUGGGGAGGGCGACAGCUCCUUGGAAAACGAAGAGAGCGCCGUGGAGGACGUGGCCAAAGCCGAGGAGGGCAGUGACACCUCCUUGGAUCUGCACAGGGACAAGAGUGUCCCCUCCCUGCCCAGGGCCCGCUCGGAGAGCAGCCACUUCUUUGCCUACCUGGUGAGCACAGCUGUGAUUGUGGCUGCCCUGUACGUGGCCUACCACAACAAACGCAAGAUCAUUGCUUUUGCUCUGGAAGGAAAAAGAUCAAAAACUGGUCGACGGCCCAAAUCUGGUGAUUAUCAGAGACUGGAUCAGAAGAUCUAGAUUCCUCCUCAGAUGAUGGCGGGGAUGCAGUGCUGCCACAGCUGGAUUCCAGUCCACGGGAAGGAGGGCAAAUGCUUUUUGUUUUGCACCUGCACCUUGAUAAAACCUCUCACUUCCCUAAA